AUGCCCAACAACGAAACAACCCUCAUAAUCGGCGCCGGCAUCUUCGGCGUCAGCACAGCCUACCACCUCGCCAAACGCACCCCCAACCCGUCAAACAUAACCCUCCUCGAUCGCGCGCCUCCAUCAACCCUUCCAACAGCCACCGGCGCCUCAUCCGACAUCAACAAGAUCAUUCGCGCGGACUACUCCAGCGCGCUGUACAUGGAUCUGGGCUUCGAAGCAAUACAGGCGUGGAAGACUCUCCCCUUUUUCGCGUACGACGAUAAUCCAGAUGUAGAUGCGGAUGCUGGAGAUACAGAUACGGUGUACCACCAAUCCGGCUGGAUCGCGAUGGACGAGGUAGGCAGCGACGUGCCGCUUCGGAUUCGAGAGAAUUUCAAACGGGGAAAGUAUGGGGGUGUGAGCCCUAUUGUCGAUAUGAGCGAGGACGAGGUGAAGAGUGCGUGGGGCGGGAUUUUGGGGAGGACGGAUUAUAGACGGUUUGGCUCGUACUAUUUUAAUCGGUCGGCUGGGUGGGCUGAUGCUGGGGCGGCGCUGGGGGUUAUGCUGCGUGAGGCGAUUGGGAUGGGGGUUCGGUAUGAGGUUGGUGAGGUGGGGAGGGUUGUGCUGGAUGAGGGUGGUACGGGGGUUGAAAUUGAGGGCGGGAAUGUGCUCCGCGCUGAUAAGGUUUUGCUUGCGACGGGGGCGUGGACGAGUGAGGUUAUGGCUGGGGUUGAGGAUCAGUUGGGUAUUAGCGAGGUUGAUUGUGUUGAGAGGCAGGUCUCUGCUGCGGGAGUCUGCGUGGCGCAUUUCCAGCUGAGUGAGGAGGAGAGGGGGUUGUAUGGGAAGAUGCCGGUGCUUGUGUAUGGUGGACAAGGCGAGGUGAUUCCACCAACAUCAUCCGGAAUCCUGAAAUUCACCAGCACAACCUCGUUCAAAAACACAAUACGGACCGCUACCGGCCGCGAGAUCUCCGUGCCGGUAGAAGACCAGCUCAACGCCCCGAAAGGCCUGCAGGAGGACUCCAUCGCCGCUGUGCGAGCCCGCCUCCCUCAGCUCUUAGACGGUGGCCGAGAACCGGACUACUACCGGCUCUGCUGGGACUCGAUCUCUGCUAGCCAGCACCCGCUGAUAUCGCGACACCCCGACCCGCGACUUGCGAAUCUGUACUUCGCUGUUGGGGGAUCGUUCCACUUCUAUAAGUUCCUGCCGACGAUUGGGAGGUAUGUUGUCAAUGUCCUUGACGGCGUUGGGAAUGGGGAAGAGAAGGAUCAGGCGUGGAGUUGGAAGAGUGCAGGCGAGGCUGAGAGAGGCGUUCACGAGAGUCUGAUUCCGAAGAGAGAGUAUAGAGACUUCCUGUAG